AUGGUGAACAUCCCAGAGGAAGUAAUGUUGGAUAUCUGUGUUAGGUUGCCCGUUAAAUCAGUUGGAAGAUUCAGGUGUGUAAACAAAUUUUGGUACAAGUUAUUGAAUGAUCAUGAGUUUGUUCAAAAGCACCUAGAUCACGCUACUGAAAUCAACAGAUUAAGUCUUUUGCUUCAUCAUUCUUUUAAUCUGGAAACUAUUCAGGAAGAAGUCAAAACCAUAGAUUAUAAUCCAUCAUUAUCUACAUGUACUGGUUGUUUUAAUAUUACAAAUCUCCCAUUUGUAGCGCUUGAGCUUCUUGGGCAUUGUAAUGGUUUGGUUUUCCUAAGUCCUUGUGACUUACCAGAUCUUUACCUUUGGAACCCAUCCACCAAGGAAUAUAAACAUUUACCGGAAGCACCGCUAGAUCCAGCACUUACAACUCUACAUUUUUACGAUGACUGUUUUGAUAUCCAAUUUAUAGAAGGUGGGUUUGGUUAUGAUUACAAUAUUGAGGAGUUCAAAGUGGUAUUACUUAUCAAACAUAGCUAUAAAUCUGGGUCUGAACUUCACGAGGAGUCUGCAGUUCGCCUCUACACAUUAGGAUCAGAUACUUGGAUAUCGCUGGAGAGCAUUCCUUACACCGUUUGUCGUCCACCUGGAGUAGCUCAGGUGCCCGUUAAUGGAGUUAUUUAUUGGGAAGCAGAUCACGAGUACGUGGGAUCUGAAAAAAGCGUAAGAGUUAUUCUUUCUUUUGAUUUUGAGAAAGAAAUAUUCCAAGAGAUGCCAUGGCCUGACUUGUUAGGUGAAGAGUACAGAACAAGUCUAUGUGUAUUGGCAAGGUCUCUUUGCAUAUGCGGGUUUGAUCCUAACAGUGGUGUUGAGGUUUGGGAGUUGAAGGAAUGUGAAGUGAAAAAGUCUUGGAAUCAGCUUUUUACCAUUGAUGUGGAAAAAUAUUUUGGGGUGGUUAAAGAUUUUGUGCCCUUACAAUCUUUAAAGAAUGGUGAGUUUCUAUUUGGAUUUGAUACCGAUGUUGGUUUUCAUGUCCAUCAGUUUGACCCAGAAAAUGAAACUUCUAGACCUCUUGUUGUGUAUGAGAAUUCAGAGGCAUGCUCUUCAAAAACGAGAGUCUAUAUUAAGAGUUUAGUUUCACUGAAAUCAUAUGAUGCCGAUGAUUACAACAGCAACGAUACAAACAGUGAUGAUGGCGAUAAUGUGGAAGAUGAUAUAUUGUGA